AUGGAGCUAAGCAACUCGACAACAGAAAAGAAAAACCAACAGGUGGAGAUCUUCCUCAAGUUCGCCUCUGAGGGAAACAGGAGAAACGGUGGCGACGUCGGAAGAAGGGUCUUGACCUACGAUGAUUUUUUGAGAAUGAUAUCGAGCUCGAAAUCGUUGUACUCAAAGUUCACAGACCAUUCCUACAACUUGAACGAAAUACCAGACGAAGCUUUCGGGAGCAUCUUCUUUGCGUUGGAUGAGAACAACAAAGGCUACUUGACGCUUAACGACUGGUUUCACUUCAACAACCUAUUAGAAUGUGAUAAUUAUCACUUGAUCAUUUUGUAUGAAUUCUUUAAGAAGUUCGACGUCGCCAAUAUUACACGUCAGGCUGCGAGCGCUGCUACAAGGAAAUCUGGCGAAUUGGCUGAUGAUCCUAGAACGAAGCCGGCUAACUAUGGAAGUCGUUUUCUCAGUUUCGACAGCCUGUACUUAAAUCUCAAUCAAUUCAAGGCCACCAUCAAAUUUCUACACGAGGCAGUCAACGAUAGGUUUCUCACUUCUAAUAAGAUAUUGCUAGACUGGGACGAAUUCAAAUGGCUACGAUUCUACCAAACUUUUCCUUUUCCUGUCACCGAGGGACCUCACAUAAGCUUGAACUCGCUCGUCACCAUUAUGCAAAAUGAUUUGAAGAACGAGAAGUUGUACUUGGGCUUUGAUAGACUAUCACAUCUCAAUCACAAAAACCAGACCCUUGCACUGAAUAAAAACCAACUAGUUUAUUUGCUGAAGGUAUUUUACUCGCACAGAAUUUCUGCAGAUGUCUUUAACUCAUUGAACCUGUCAAAUACCAGAAUGAUAAAAUCAGACAACAAUUACAUCAACUAUAAUGUUUUCAAGGACAUUUUUUACUUAUUUCAGAAUUUUGAUCUUCUGAAUCAAGUUUUCAUGCGAUAUGCCAAAGCCAAUAAUUUUGAUGACCAGGACUUGCGAGAAUGCGUAAUUUCAAAGGACGAUUUGAAAGAGUUUUUGAAUGUGGAAUACAAUAAAGUAAACAACAUUGUGGAAUUUUCGCCUUCGCAAAUAAAUCUCCUGUUCUCAAUUGUGGCUAACUCUAAGAGAAGCAAAAUGAUUGAGAAAAGUAUCGAUACUCAUCAUGAGGAUUCUGCCAUUCAAAGCUUUAUUCAAAACGAUUUUUGUAAUCGAGGAAACAAUGGAAAGCAAAGUUUGAAGGAGUUCAAUAGCAAUUAUUUGGAAGUGAUUGGUGGUAUGUCAGGAGAAUUCGACAAUGUCAAGAAACAUCGCCGCCGAGCUUCAGCAAACCUGGUUGAUCGCUUUUUUAAGCCUCACGAUCAUUUAGAGGAUGCCUCGAGUCUAGAUUUGACGAUGGACGACUUUUUGAAGAUUGUUAAUCCGAAUUAUCUCAAUGAUUUAGUUCAUCAAAUGGAAAUACGCCGCAUACAAAGCGAGUCAUUGUACACCAAUUUCUAUUUUUUUCCUAUUUUUGAUUCUCUUUACAACUUCUUGCUGGGUUCAGUUGCAGGUUGUAUUGGGGCAACAGUUGUGUACCCGAUUGACCUUGUAAAGACCCGAAUGCAAGCACAAAGGAAUUUCUCACAGUACAAGAACGCUCUUGACUGUUUGACAAAAAUUUUGACUCGUGAAGGUUUUAGAGGAAUUUACUCUGGAUUGGGACCUCAGUUGGUAGGUGUUUGUCCUGAAAAAGCCAUCAAAUUGACAGUUAACGACUACGUUCGGAAUUACCUAAUGGACUCAAAUCAGAAUAUAUCUGUUCCGCUAGAAAUUCUUGCUGGUGCAACCGCGGGUGCAUGUCAGGUCGUUUUUACAAAUCCACUUGAAGUUGUGAAAAUUAGGCUACAGGUCAGAUCUGAAUAUAGUACUGUCCCAGGAAGUCCUCAGGUAAACGCCAUAAGUAUUAUCAAGUCCUUGGGGUUGAACGGCUUGUACCGGGGUAUUGGUGCUUGUUUGAUGAGAGACGUGCCAUUUUCUGCUAUUUAUUUCCCAACAUAUGCUCACCUCAAGAAAAUUCUUUUUGACUACGACCCACAAGAUAAGACGAAGAGACCUCGGUUACGCACUUGGGAGCUUUUGACUGCAGGAGGACUGGCAGGAAUGCCAGCAGCCUAUUUAACUACGCCAUUUGAUGUAAUCAAAACAAGACUUCAGAUUGAUCCAAGGAAAGGAGAAACAAAGUAUAAUGGAAUUUUCCAUGCCGCAAAGACAAUUUUGAAGGAAGAGAGCUUGAGAAGUUUCUUCAAAGGUGGAGAAGCUCGUGUUUUGAGAAGCUCCCCGCAGUUUGGAUUCACAUUAGCCGCAUAUGAAAUAUUUCAAAAUCUCUUCCCUUUGAAAUCAACUUCAGGCGAAAACAAUGAUCAAACCAGAUUUAAUGAGGGCUCAAGCGAGACACCCAUGGUCACCGGUGCGUUUUCCAAAUUUUUUAAGUCGCUAAAAAAUUCGUCUCAACAACACGUUGAGAUCACGGAGUUUUUUGGGCCAUCCGUGGAUCCUUAUAGCUCCAACUACUUGAACUACUAUUACAAGAGCUGUCAAGUGGCUAAAUUAUUUAUAGACCUGGACUACAAUUUUGCAAAAUUUGACUAUCGUGUUUACACAAAGUUCCAUAAGUUUGUCAAAGAUGCAGAAUUAAGGCCAAAAUAG